AUGAAUGAUAGACAACCUCUAUUAAACGAUUCCAGUAAAUUGUCUAUUAAUGAUAAUGAUUAUAGUGAAAAUAAAAAACAACUUUUGGCGAAUAGUCUUUCUGAUUGGCGUCGAUGUUUCAGUAGAAAAGAUAUCAAUAAUGAAUAUAUAAAAUUGGACGAUGAUAAUACUGAACAUAGUGUUAAAGACAAACCAGUUAGUGUUUUUCGAUUAGGAAAUGAAGCAAGCAUCAAUGAAGCAGAUAUAUGGACAGAAGAUACAGAAUCGAUUUAUAAUAUCAACGGUGAUAUUGAAUUCGACAAUGUCAACUUUACUUAUCCAACUCGAAAGGAAGCAUCAAUUUUACAUAAUCUCUCUCUUAUUGCUCGUGCUGGUCAGACAACUGCUCUUGUAGGUUCAAGUGGUUGUGGGAAAAGUACGUGUUUAUCACUAUUGCUUCGUUACUAUGAACCUUCAUCGAAUGGAAUCAUGAUCAAUGGUCGACCAAUAACAGAUUACAAUGUCAAAUACCUUCGACAAAAAAUUGGAGUUGUCAGUCAAGAACCAAUUGUGUUUGGAAUGAGUAUUUAUGAAAAUAUUCGUUUUGGUAAAGUAAAUGCAACACGAGCAGAAAUUGAACAAGCAGCACAACAAGCAAAUGCGCAUCAUUUCAUCAUGCAAUUACCAAAUAAAUAUGAAACACUUGUUGGUGAACGUGGUAUACAGUUGAGUGGUGGUGAAAAGCAACGUAUUGCAUUAGCUCGUGCUCUUGUCAAGCAACCUCCCAUCCUUUUACUGGAUGAAGCAACAAGUGCACUUGAUAGUGUUAGUGAAAAAAUUGUUCAAGAAGCGCUUGAUCAAGCAUGCAAAGGUCAUACGACUAUUGUUGUUGCUCAUCGUUUGUCUACAAUUCAAAAUGCUCAUCAAAUAUAUGUAUUAGACAAUGGUACUGUGAUUGAGCAAGGUACUCAUGAAACGUUAAUGGCAAAAGAGGGAGGAAAAUAUCAAGCAAUGGUCAAACUUCAACAAAUAGAAAAAAUCGAUGAUGAGCAAGAUGAUAUGAUGAGCAUACAAAAAGCAAUGGAAGAAGAUGAAAAGCCGAUAUUUGAACGCUCUUCUUUACAUAGUGAUAGUGGAAUUAUUGAUGUGGACAAGCAAAAUUCGAGAUCGACGCGUAUCGCUUCAUCAGUCUCAGCUGCUAAAACAUUUUUUGAUUUAUUUGAUCGAAAUCCAACUGUCGACAAUACAUCUACCGAAGGACAAGAAUUGGUUGAUUUUCGUGGAGAGAUUAAGUUUGAUCAAAUCGAAUUUAUCUAUCCAACUAGGCCAAGAGCUGUUAUUCUUAAUAAAUUUCAAUUGAAUAUCAAACCAGGUCAACGUAUAGCUCUUGUUGGUACAUCUGGAUGCGGAAAAUCAACAACUAUUCAACUGUUAGAACGAUUCUAUGAUGUUACAAGUGGUCGAAUACUUCUUGAUGGCAUUAAUAUCCAACAACUAAAUCUUCAGUGGGUUCGUUCUCAAUUUGGUCUUGUCAAUCAAGAACCAAUUUUGUUCGAUUUAACAAUAGCUGAAAAUAUAGCAUAUGGCUUAGAAAAUGUACCAAUGGAAGACAUUAUCAAUGCAGCACGUAGAGCUAAUAUUCAUCAAGUUAUUGAACGAUUGCCUCAGGGUUAUGAAACAAAAGGAGGGUUGAAAGGUAGUUUACUAUCGGGUGGUGAGAAGCAACGUAUUGCUAUUGCUCGAGUACUUGUUCGCCGACCUAAAGUAUUACUCUUAGAUGAAGCGACAAGUGCCAUGGAUUCACACAAUGAACAAAUUGUACAAGAAGCUCUUGAACAAGCUCAAAUAGAAGAUCCUAGUAGAACAUCAAUUAUUAUUGCACACCGUCUUUCAACUAUUCGUUCAUGUGAUUUGAUUUGUGUACUUGAUAGAGGAUGUAUAGUGGAAAGUGGUACUCAUACAGAACUGACACAACGACGUGGUGCUUAUUAUAAAAUGCUUGCCCAAAAAAAUUUACAAUGA